AUGAGCUGUGGAAGUGUCCUGCUCUGUCUGGGGCUGCUCUCUGUGCUUGAUGGGGCAGUGUCGACUGCAAUCAGACCACAGCCCCCUCACUUCCCUCAUCCUCCUCCUCCUCCCCCACCCCCUCCUCCACACCUCUCCCUCGGGAUGAACUUCACCGAACUCGACUCCCGCAGCUUCCAGGGCAUGCCUCCACAGGGGCCCGAGCCAGACUACUCCUACUGUGAGGUCCUGAUGGAGGCGCCGGUGCCCCCGCCCAUCGACAGCGUGCCCUGGUUCUGUUUCUGCACGCACUGCAAAGGAACGGCAGGGCCCAAGGGGGACCAAGGAGACAUGGGCCUUCCAGGCCCUCCAGGAAGCCCUGGGCGUCGAGGGUUCAUCGGGUUCCGAGGUUCUCGGGGCUUUAUCGGCCGGCAGGGACUCAAAGGUCAGGAAGGCGAGACUGGGGAGAAGGGAGAUCAAGGGAGGAGUGGAUGGCGUGGUGCUAAGGGAGACAUGGGUCUGAAAGGUGACAAGGGCGACCAGGGCACAGAUGGGUUGCCAGGAUUGAGAGGGCCCCAGGGAAUGCCCGGACAGUGCCCUGCCGUGUGCAAGGGAGAGGGCAGACUAGGAGAGCCAGGGCUCGCAGGGCCAGCGGGUGAUAAAGGGGAAUCAGGCAUUGCUGGCCCCCCGGGAAUGCCAGGGCAGAACGGAGACCUGGGAGAAAUGGGUCCCAGAGGGGAGCCAGGGCUCAAUGGCAUGAAAGGCGACCAGGGUGAGCAAGGGGUGUGUGAGUGCACAGAUGGGGAGAAGGGAGCUCAGGGAGAGGGGGGCCCACUGGGGCCUCGGGGGUUAAUGGGGGAGCCAGGUCCAAAAGGGAGUGAGGGGCUCCAUGGUCACAUGGGUGAGAAGGGAGAUAUGGGGGACAGAGGGAUACCGGGACCCUGCUCCCCUACUGUUCAGUCUGCAUUUUCAGCAUCCCUGAGAGACAACUACCCCAGGCCCAACCUGCCAGUGCCUUUCACGGAAGUGAGCUAUGAUCUUCAAGGGCACUAUAACCCACAGUCCGGGAUCUACAUGGCACCAGUAAAUGGCACUUAUGUCUUCUCUUACCACCUGUGCACCUUCAGUAAGGUACUCACGGUGGGCUUAUUCCAGGACUACAAGCCCGUUGUCAAAAGCACACAACUCAAUGACCUGGGCCAGGCGUCUCAGAUGGUGGUGCUCCACCUGAGUGCCGGGGAACGGCUCUGGCUUCAGGUUAAAGACAGCAACACCAACGGGAUGUACACAAGCACUGAAAGCAUCAGCACCUUCUCUGGCUUCCUGCUGUACCCGGAUGCCUGUGACGCUUCUCUGAGCAGAACCUUCCCACUGAACAGUGACUACGCUGAUUACAGCUGGGGGGAUGACGACUCCGUAAGCGAGCCCACCCCCGGCUCUAGCACCUCCUCACCCUAACACCACAGCCUUCCUGUCCCCCUCACCCUGGAAAAAAAGGUGCCAACUCCUCACUGAAACAGGAUUCCCCCUCCUCCCAACUUGGUUGAAUAAAACAGCCAAAUACCACUGAAAACAGUCAUUGGUCUCUACCAAAGUUGCUAAGGUAUCUCUUUAGAAAGUACAUAUGGCAUGUUUUGGCUUAAUCUUUCUCAUUGGCCAUGUUUAAAACCUCAGCAAGCUGUGCAGUAUCUGAACUGUGGAUCCGUCCUGUUUAGAACCCCAGGCACUCCCUUGUUACUUAUGGGGCCGGGAGGGGGGUAAGAAGUUGAAGUGAAGCAGACUUUGGCACCUUUUCUUCAGCUGAGUAGUUUCUUUUAAGUUCAGUGCUCCCUCUAUAGGAAAACUUCAAAUUGUGUCUAAUUAAAGUGAAGCUUUAUACAAUGUAAAUUUGAGAAAUAAAAACACUAUGUCAGACUGUUUGAAAAUAGUCUGUUUGAAAAAAAUCCUAUCUCUUUAAUUUACUAUUCAGAGAAGCGUUUUUUUCUAAUUCUUCUUCAGUGAUAGGAAACAAUGGUUAAGGACUGAGAAUUAACUUGUUUUUUUGGUACAGUCUUAUAUAACCCUAAUGGCAGUCUGUGUUAAAUGAGCAGUUGUAUUCUGUGCUAAGAUAUAAUGCGGGGAUGAGUAUCGCUCUGCAUCAUUCUUGAAAGCGUGGUCAUUACCCAGUUAACAAAUCAGUUAAGAUCUUUUAAACAAAUAUGUGUUGAACUACAAAAUGAGAAUUUUUAAAGAAUUGAUACCAUGGCUUUAACCCAGUCAAACUGAGGAUGUGCACAUGUUUAAAAACAAGCUGCUACUGCUUCCUGGUUCAUAAUCACUUCUAGUGAUGACCUACAGUGGCCAUGAUUUAGUACCAGGAAGCAGCUGGUUUCACUUUGAAUCCAGAGCUAAACAUGAUACCACUUGGUUUUAGACUUGAUGGUUAAGCCUGAGUGUAUAUGAUCUGCAUUUAAAUUGUUUGUCGUAAAAUGUAUUGAGUGUGUUAAUAUCAUGUUUAUUUACAGAAAGCAGAAUGAAUGUUAUCCCCUUAAAACAUACAAAACUGAUUUGCCUCAAUGCCAUAAGAUGUGAUGUAUGCAAUAAGCCAAUGAGCAAUA